ACUGUACCACCAAUGCCUCCAGAGGUCCAGCUAGCAUCCUAUUCAGAUAGAUACAAAGGGACCAUGGUUAUGUUGAAGAUCUCUGCUUUCCUUCUCGCCUAUACCCUGAUCAUUUGCCAGAUGUACUACUCACAAGCCGCCCCAGCAAGGCCUGAUUUGGACUCUAAUCGAGUGACACUCACCGACUACGAAGCCCGGAGGUUACUGAAUGCCAUCGUCAAAGAAUUUGUCCAGAUGACUGCGGAGGACCUAGAACAGCAAGCAAAUGAUGAAAACAGCAUCACAGCACAGAAGCGGGCAUGCAACACAGCCACCUGCGUCACCCAUCGUCUGGCAGACUUCCUCAGCCGGUCAGGGGGCAUGGGCAACAGCAACUUCGUGCCCACUGACGUGGGCGCUCAGGCGUUUGGGCGGCGAAAGAGGAGCAGUCAGUAGUCACCGACCGACCAACCAGAGAGAGGGGCCCAGAGGCACUGAUACCAACUGUGAGAGGAUCGAAUGCAAGAUGUUAAGUGAACGUGAAGUCGUCACCCCCCACCAGAAUGGCCUCUGGAACAACAGCACUGAUCUCUUGCAUCCAAUCCAUGUCCAAAACAAAACAGAACAAAUCAAAGAGAAAAAAAUAUUUUUUUCGCUUUUAGAAGAACAAAGAAGGAGAAGAAAUCUACUUAAAAAACAAAACAAAAAAAAAUAAAGAAUGAUCACUAAAUAAAGCACUACUGUUAUAUACAUUAACAGAUAAUCAGAAAGUCCCGUUCAUUUGACUAGAGGAGAGAGAGAUAGAGGGAGGGAGGGAGAGGAAGAGCUCGGUCUUUCUCAGCCCAGCCUAGAGCACAUACAGUAUUUGGUGUGUAAACUGUAAACUCAUGCUGCUGUGGCCGUUCCCACAGCGUCCUGCACAUUACUUUCAGGGACACCGUUUGUUCCACACGCAAGAGGCUGGUCUUGGCUGUGUCUUGUGCCUUGAUGUAAAACCACUUUACAUAAGUAAAAAAAAAUCAUUACUGUACAGUACGUUUCAAAGACGAUGAUUACGAGGAGGAUGAAGAGGAGGAAAGAAGAAGUCGUGGCGAGCCAUAAGAGAGAUUCAUAUUGUAAGAAUUGUGAAUUGAAGCAA